GCAACGUGCUGCCCGUUUAGGAGGGCGUAUAAAAAGGCGAUGGAAGAAAAGAGGGUCCCAUUUGGUGCCCCGUUCGGUGACAAUGAGGGUCCUGGUGGUCUUGGCGACUUGGGUGGCUGCGGCGUUGGCCAUUGACACCUUCGUGGGGCAUCAGGUGCUGAGAAUCACAGCCACUGAUGAAGCCCAGGUGGAGAAGUUGAAGGAGCUGGAAGCUUCGGAGAAUCUUCAGCUGGAUUUCUGGCGAGCACCAGCUCAUCCCGAUCUCCCCGUAGAUGUGCGUGUGCCCUUCCCCAGCCUUCAAGGGGUCAAGGUCUUCCUGGAGACCAAUGGCAUCGCAUACUCCAUCAUGAUCAACAACGUUCAGAAACUGAUUGAUGAGGAGAGGCGUCACAUGAUGCACCAACGUCAACUCCAAGAAUUGUCACUCACAAAUUUUAACUUUGCUGCUUACCACGACUUGGAUACAAUCUAUAACUUCAUGGACCUCUUGGUGCGUACGAAACCCCUCCUGGUCAGCAAAAUUGAGAUUGGCCAGACAACAGAAGGACGCCCAAUCUAUGUCUUGAAGUUUAGCACCGGGGGAACCAACCGGCCAGCAAUCUGGAUUGACACCGGCAUCCAUUCCCGCGAGUGGGUCACUCAAGCCAGCGGAGUCUGGUUUGCCAACAAGAUCUUUGAAGACCACGGAAAGGAUCCUUCCUUGACGUCCAUCCUGAACCAGUUCGACAUCUUCUUGGAGAUCGUCACCAAUCCAGAUGGCUACUUCUUCACCCACACCAAGAACCGGAUGUGGCGCAAGACCAGGUCGAAGAGAGAGGGGUCAUCUUGCAUCGGAGUCGACCCCAACCGGAAUUGGGCGGCAGGCUUCGGAGGAGCUGGCGCCAGUGGGAACCCGUGCUCGGAAACCUACCGUGGACCUUACGCGGAGUCCGAACCGGAGGUGAAAGCCAUUGUGGAUUUCGUACGGCAACACGGCAACAUCAAGGCUUUCAUCUCCAUCCACAGCUACUCCCAGCUCCUCCUCUAUCCUUACGGUUACACCAAGGAGAAAGCUGCCGACCACCUGGAGCUGGACGCCCUGGCAAAGAAGGCCGUGACCGCGCUGGAAUCUCUCCACGGAACCAAGUACAGAUACGGCAGCAUCAUCACCACAAUCUACCAAGCAAGUGGAGGCACCGUUGACUGGACCUACGACCAGGGCAUUAAAUAUUCCUACACCUUUGAGCUGAGAGACAAGGGCAGACACGGGUUCCUGCUCCCGGCGAACCAGAUCAUUCCCACGGCAGAGGAGACCUGGCUCGCCCUGAUGGUCAUCAUGGAGCACACGCGGGACCACCCUUACUAAGCUGGAGGGGCCGGGCUCAGGGCGACGGCCUGGCCCUCCGCCCACAUCUGCCUUCUGAUUCUGCGCCUGAUUCUGAUGAAUAAUCCCCCUGCAUGUAAUCUGCUCCUGCUGCAAUUCUGCUGCUUAGCUGUAGGAGGCGGUGUUGGAGAACCUGGGGGAGGUGGUGGAGUCAAAAGAGGAACCAGCUUGGCAUCUCUAGAUAGUCGCAGGCGAAUUUAAUCGAAUGUCCCUUGAAUUCCACUGACUUUUAUCUAACUCCUAACAGGUGCUGACAGAGUGACAAGAUUGUUUUCAGCAAUAAAGCAGUUUAAUUGGACUGUCA